ACAAUCUCUAUUUCGCUUCACAAUUCUAUGUGCAUUGCAAUGGCUUCUCUAAUUCAAAUUAUGCUAUUGACGUUAUAUAUAAAUGUUAUUGACGUUAAUUUUAAUGUAGUAAUUUCGUAAAUUCAGCACUAAAACAUGAUAGAUAUGUUGUUGCUUGCAGCCCCUUUUUAAAUGCAAAAUACGUACAUUUAGAUCAAAGUUUAUAUCUGAUUUAUCAAUGAUUACAAGACAAAAGAAGGUACAGGGUCACAAAUAAAAAGAAAUUUGAUUUUAGCAUGUUAAGCAAAGCUUAGGUGCAUGCUUAGUGGUGUACCUAAUUUUUGAAGUCUGAUUCAUAUGUGCAUGUUUUUGGUUUGUAAGAUAUAAUCAAUGAUAACAAACCACUGACCUGUGCAGCUUAUCAGCAAUAUAAUGGAAAUUAAUAUAAAUGCAUUAGAAGGUCUUCAGUUAGUCGCUGAUUCAAUAACAGUCCCAGAUCAAUCAUUUAAAAUAUUAAAUGAAAGCUUAUUUGAAAUUAUAUUGUCUGGAGAAAACGCCUUGGUUCAAGAAAGUAUGUUGGAAAAGCUUCCAGGUGUUGAUGGGCCUGUGUUAAAGGAAUGUUUUUAUGGUCUGGCAACGUUGUUGGUGGAAUCAGUCAAAACAAACACAGAUGAAUCUGAUGUCAGUGCUUUGUUAGAAGAGUGUAAAUGGACACCAGAUAGAGUGGAUUUGUUUACAAAAUUACUCAAGAUAAACAGGAAAGACAUCCAAACAACCCUUGCAAGACUGGGUUCCACGUAUCCACACAUUGUUGAUGUAGACUGGAGACUCGACUAUUGUAUAAAGAGUAACUAUUUGGAAAAAAUCAACCAAUCGAGUUAUUUAAUUUCGCUAAAAACACAGGAGCCUGGUAAACAUGACAGCUUAGAAUUCUCGUGUUCUGUUGAACAGUUGCAGGAUUUGGUAGGAAAGCUUAAAGACGCUACAAAGAGUAUUGAAAAAGCCAGUCAAAGUUGACGGAAUACACAAGUUUAGAAAACGUAAUCGGAAUGCAAUUUGUGAUAAGAGAUGUUGAGAAUAACGCGUAACGAAUGAAGUUUUAUUGACGAUUGGAAGUAUUUUUAUAUCACUAUUAUAUUGAUUUGCUGUAUAACACAUAAAAUAAAUCUGUCUGUAUUUCUUGUUUUGAAACUUUUGAUAUCUAAUUUUUUUUCGCUUUUCUUGAAUAAAUGCUUGUGAAUAAACACACGUGAAAUUUCAAUUCGAUUUAAUCUCAGAACAAAUAAAACUGAACAAAACAGAAAAGAGUGAUCGCUGAAGGCGAGUUUGUCUUUCCAAUAUAAAAAUUUUAAAAAAGUUACGUGUAAAUUAUAAUUGCAUUCUUUUUUAUAAGAAAAAAUUUGAUUUUAGCCGAGGGUUAACGUUGCUUAAAUUUCGUUGCUCGCUUGUUCACUAUCUAAUUGAGAAGACCACAUUUAUUUGUUGUACGCAGUUAGGCUUAUGCCUAAUCGAAAUCAAACUUGUGUGUUAUUAACGUUAAUAACGUUACAUGAAUUUACAUAUUUCGAAGUUAUGAAUUUUUGCAAGUGAAAAAGGAAAGAUAUUCAGGGGUGUAGAUUUUCUUGAAUUUUCAUCACGAAAAAAAUCUCGAAAAACUCGAAUGCAACAAUUGUAAUUGAAGAGUGAAACCUUUUGUUCUUUUUACAUUAUUUCGUGCGUACUUUUAACGAAGAAAAGGUUUUUAACUAAAGCUUUGUGAGUUUGCAAAAUUCGAUAAACUUAGACCCCGCAAAAAUUACACUAUUAAGCUACUUCACGUUUUUUUAAUAAGAGUAAGAUUCUAACCAGACUGGCCAGUCAGUACCAAUCUUAUUUUUCUAUUAUUCUUAACAAUAGACCUAUUGUAUUUAACUUGAAAUCUCAGCCUGGUAUUUCUAUAAAGCAUAUUCUUAUGAAUGAACAAAUGUGUAUGUUAAAAAUAUAAUUUUCACUCUGUAUAAUAAUCAUCAGCAUGUAUAAAUUGAAUUACAUAAAAAAAGUGUAUUAGA